AUGGUUCACUUCUGGCUUGUUCAGGCCGUGUGUCCAACCAAGUUUCUCAGCAUGCCAUCGAAACUUCUGUACAAUAAGAAGCUAGCUGCAACCACCAUUCGUAAAGGGUAA